UGCAUCCGCAUCCGGCGGCUACACAGCAACUUCCUCUAGAGGGAGCUGAUUGGAGCCGGGAGCUGCCGGCACCUCUAGGAUCACCACAGCCUCGCGGGUCCCUAGGGCCCCGUGGGGACAAGCGGCGGCUGCAUCCAGACGCCAGGACUGCGCUGACGCCUGUUCCUGGAAGCCGCGCCUGGGCACCCGACCCCCCCGGGAGUAGCUGCUGGCCUCUCAGGAUCUCUGGCCUCGGCCCUGUGAGCCAUCCGGGCCUGGGCUAGGGUCCCGGCAGGCUAACCCUGUCCUCCACUGGGACCUGAGAAAUGGCAUCUGGGCAAGGCCCAGGUCCUCCCAGGCAGGGGUGUGGAGAGCCGGCCCCGUCUUCUACUUCCGAGGAGCAGGUAGCCCGGGACACCGAGGAGGUUUUUCGCAGCUAUGUUUUUUACCGCCAUCGGCAGGAGCAGGAGGCUGAGGGGGCAGCUGCACCUGCUGACCCAGAAAUGGUCUCCUUGUCCCUAGAACCUAGCAGCACCAUGGGGCAGGUGGGUCGCCAGCUCGCCAUCAUCGGGGACGACAUCAACCAGCGCUACGACUCCGAGUUCCAGACCAUGCUGCAGCACCUACAGCCGACAGUAGAGAACGCCUAUGAGUAUUUCACCAAGAUUGCCUCGAGCCUGUUUGAGAGCGGCAUCAACUGGGGCCGAGUGGUGGCUCUCCUGGGCUUCGGCUACCGCCUGGCCCUACACGUCUACCAGCAUGGCCUGACCGGCUUCCUGGGCGAGGUGACCCGCUUCGUGGCCGACUUCAUGCUGAACCAUUGCAUUGCCCGGUGGAUUGCGCAGAGGGGCGGCUGGGUGGCAGCCCUGAACUUGGGAAAUGGCCCCAUCCUGAACGUGCUGAUAGUUCUGUCUGUGGUUCUGUUGGGCCAGUUUGUGGUACGAAGAUUCUUCAAAUCAUGACUCCCAGAGGGGCCCUUUGGGGUCCUAGCAGACACCCCUGACUGGACUUCAGCCAAGCCUUUUCCCCUCACCCCCUCCCCUGCAGGGGCCCUCCCUCAAGAACACAGAAGCUUUAGCAAGUGGGCACUCCAGCUUUCGGAGGACCCCUGCCCAGGGGUCAGUCAGGCUGCCGGGGUGCCCCAACAUUGCAUGGUGCUAAUGGGCCCCCUCUCUGGGCCCCAUCCUGUCAGAGAGGGGCUGUAGCCUUCUUCCUCAGCUCUCUGGGACUCCCUCAGCCCUGUCUAUUGGACGCUGGGGAGAUUGACAACUUGGGGAAGCAAGAGGCUGAAAGUCACUUCCCCCCAAAUUUUUAAUGGUUAUAUCUUUUUAGAAUGCCCUUGGAAGGACUCUUCCCCACACCCCAUUCCCACCACUCUGCCCAAGUCAGGAUGUCUGGGAUGUGGGGGUUAGUAGGCCACUCUGUGUUCCCCAGGAUUUAGCUGUUCUAGAAGGUCAGAGCUUGAUUGCUGGGCCUGGAGCCCAGUCCUGGCCCUUCCUAAGCUCUCCCCUGGCUCCCACUCCCCCCACCCCAUAAUGCCUUUGCAGUAGACUCUCAGGGAUUCUGGGCCUGGGUGUGGGAUAGGAAUGGAGACCAGAGCUGUCAGAACUUCAUCAGUACCUCCCUGCCUCCCGAGAUCCUCAGUGCUCUCCCUUCUCCUCACCUAUUACCACUUAAACCCAACCUAUUCACUACAAGUGAAGCUAACCCUGCCCCCAUCACCCCAGAUAAGAAAGGAGGGGUCUUGGGUAAGUGCAUUGCUAAGGUCCCCUCCUUGCCCAGACUAUAGACUUUAGGACUGGUUUGUUAUUGUCAGGGAAAGGGGGUAAGGAGCUCAUCUUGAGGUUUCUGAGUGAGAAAAGGGCUGUUAAUGUCACUAGGAACCCCAGAGUUGGGCUCCUCCCUCAUGGCCUGGGCACAGUGUAAUCUGGGGGUGUGGAUGGGGAAACUGUGAAUACUUGAACUCUAUCCCCCAUCCCCACCCCCCACUCUCCACACUCCUCACCUGCCUAACCCCCUCCUGUGGGUGGGGGUGGGAAUGUCUUGUCUAUCUUGCACAGCCUAGAGGUUUGGGGUAAGGAGAGAGAAGUUCUUGAUUAAGCCAAAUGCAGGGAGGGGAUGCAAAUGGAGCCCACUGGCCAGCCCUUACCCUGAGUGUGUCUGAAAAUAAACUGCAAUCCCCUGA